AUGGCAGCCAUACAUAGACAGAGAGAAGCCGAUGCCAGGGAGUUGGCCGAACUUCAUCGACAGAAUGUCGAGCUCCAGAAUUUGAACCAAACCUAUGUGUCGUCGACUCCCACGCUUGUGGAAGAAUUAGCUUAUCAUGCCCCAACCGAGCAGUUAGUUAGUGGCAAGGCCGACACCGCCUCUCACUCAUUAAGGCACCCAUUCUCCCGAAGGAUAAUGGAAGCCACCCUUUUGGACCACUGGAAGAGCAUGCCCAUCGAGAAGUAUGACGGGUCCACCGACCCUGAGGAGCACUUGAAUUUUUUUCUGACACAAGUCACCCUCUCGACUCAAGAUGACUCCGCCCUGUGCCGGAUAUUCCCCACGUCGUUGAAGGGAAGGGCUUUGAGCUGGUUCACGCGAUUGCCAAGCUUCUCCAUUGACUCGUUCAAUGAGUUGUCGUCCCAGUUCACCCUGCAGUUUGCGACGAGAAAAUCGUACAAGACGAUCUCACUAGCAUUGGCGGGGGUUCGACAGGAAAAGAAGGAAAGUUUGAGAAGCUUCAUGGACCGAUUCAACAAAAUUGCCAUGGAAAUCGGUGAUCUCAACCCAGCCGUAGUAAUGGAUCGGCUGAGCACUGCCCUGAGGCCGGGGCCAUUUGUGAAUAGCCUGUGUAAGAAACUGCCUGGAGAUAUGAACGAUCUCUGGCGUCGAGCAGAGAAGUACAUGCAAUGGAGGAGUUGGCGGAGACCAGAAAUCAGACUAGGGCCAAAGAGGGUUACAGCCGAAAAGAAUCCAGUCGAGAACCAGGGAAAAAGGUGA